UGUCCUUUCCAUUUUCAGUCUCAUGCACAAGGGUGGUCAGACAAACGUCUCCUCCUUGUCUCUGCGCCGUUCAUGUCAAUGUCACUGUGUGGGUUCUGUGAGAUUAUAUAAAAUCUGGGUUUUUGCUUCUCCUUCGUCGUCCAUUGCGAGAUCUCAAGACGGAGCAAGAUGAACAAACAAAAGGUGUCGAGCCAGCUAGAGCCGUGGUGUGAACUAGGGGACAAGGUGGUUCUUGUCACGGGGGCUUCCUCUGGUCUUGGACGAGAGUUCUGUCUUGAUCUGGGCAGAGCCGGCUGCAGAAUCAUCGCAGCAGCUCGUCGAGCCGAUCGCCUCAACUCCCUCUGCGACGAAAUCAACACCCUCGGUUCUGCCGAGCCACGAGCAGUGGCUCUCGAGCUCGAUGUUUGCGCAGACGCAGCCACCAUUAAGGCGUCAGUGAAGAAAGCUUGGGACAUGUUUGGAAGAAUCGAUGUUCUGAUCAACAAUGCAGGGAUCAGGGGAACUGUCAAGACAAGCUUGGAUUUGUCCGAGGAAGAGUGGGAUCGUGUCUUCAGGACAAACUUAACCGGUCCUUGGUUAGUCUCCAAGUACGUUUGCCGCCUCAUCCGCGAAGCCAAACGAGGCGGGUCAGUGAUAAACAUCAGCUCCAUAGCGGGGAUUCAACGAGGGAUGUUACCGGGGGGCGUGGCUUACAAUUCAUCGAAAGGAGCAGUCAACAUCAUGACGAGGAUGAUGGCUCUAGAAUUGGGUGAGCACAAGAUCAGGGUGAACUCGAUAGCUCCCGGACUCUUCAGGUCCGAGAUCACGGGAACUCUGAUGGAAAAGGGUUGGCUGAAGAAGGUGGCAGAGCGUACCGUGCCGUUGAAAGAAUACGGGACAGUGGAUCCUGCCCUUACGUCUCUCCUCCGGUACCUGAUCCACGAUUCUUCUGAGUACGUGACCGGGAACACUUUCAUUGUUGAUGCUGGAGCUACUCUUCCCGGUGUUCCGAUUUUCUCCUCUCUGUGAUUGGAAUCUCAAGAAGCUGAAACGGAUGCAUUGUUCAUACAGAGCUCAGCUCUCAGUUACAGUGGAGGGUUAUCUCUUUGAUCAUUUCACAUUCUCUACAUUGUUGAGUUUUGACUUCGCAUGAAAAUGACUUUCAUUGCCUCAA